AUGGGUUCGCACGUUAAUUUUCCUAACCAGCAUUGGUCUGUCUUCAACAGAUCUCCAACAGAAGACGUAUUGCGCGAAGGAGAAAGCGAGUCGAAUGGAAAUUUAUCGACACCCGUCAGUGCAAACCAACCAUCCGAAUUCUCUGGUACACGAACUCUAUCUCUCAGGGGAUCUCGUUCCCUGCUCCCCGUCUCUCCCAGUGUCGAAGAUUCCGAUUUAGUCACUAGUCGACUUGAUCAGGAACAAGAUUUGUAUGGAACACUGAGACACUACCCUUGGUUUCACGGAACGUUGAGUCGAUCUGAUGCAGCUGGUCUCGUCCUUCAAGAAGGAGCUGUUGGACACGGAGUUUUCCUUGUUCGCCAAAGUGAAACACGUAAAGGCGAAUUCGUUUUGACGUUCAACUUCCAAGGACGCGCCAAACACCUACGCCUUACAAUUAGUAGUGAGGGACAAUGUCGAGUUCAACACCUUUGGUUUCAGUCAGUUUUUGACAUGCUGGAACACUUUCGUUCGCAUCCGAUCCCCUUGGAGUCGGGGGGUUCAUCCGAUGUUACGCUUACUCAGUAUGUAGUUGCCGAAUCCGCAUUUCAGGCGAUGACUGUGUCGACGUCUACUCGACAAGGGAUGAGCAACUUGUCAGACAGAAGAGUUGCGACUCCGCCCCUUAUUCGGGAGGUGAUUGUGAGAGGAGAAUCUGUCCGUCGAAGAAUCGAGUCAAUGGAACAACUUCCUUUGAAUCAACAAAAUAACGCAGGAAACUCAGGAUCCAGUCGUGCAAUCGAGAAUGCCUACAGCUUCACGUGA